ACACACACACACACACACACAAAAGAGAGGUUAACAGGCACACAAAAAAAAGAACACAAGGAAGAAAAAAAACACGUACAGGAGGCUACGCAUUUAUCUCUGUCAGUGUCUCACGUGUAUAUAGGAGUAUAUAGUAUUACCUCUGUUCCGAAAUAUAAAUUGCUAGAGGAGUUCAGUUUAUAUUCCCCCAACGACUUAUAUUUAAGAACGGAGGGAGUACUCCACAAGCCUAGCAGCAAGAAACACACCAGCUCGACGCACACACAAUUGAUCACCAUUACCGUAGCUCAUCCUCCUCUCGUCCCAUUAGCUGAGAAUCAUCCUGACACAUUACCCAUGUCGUUGAGGUUCACGGUGCAGCGUAAGGCGGUACAGCUGGUGUUGCCGGCCGGGCCGACACCACGCGAGCUGAAGCGGCUCUCAGACAUUGACGACCAGCACGGUCUACGAUUCCACAUCCCCGUCAUCCAGUUUUACCGGCGUGACGCGUCCAUGAGCAGCAGGGACCCCGCAGCGGUGGUCUGGCGCGCGGUGGCCAAAGCGCUCUUGCACUACUACCCAUUCGCCGGCCGGCUAAGGGAGCUCGGUGGUCGCAAGCUUGUUGUUGACUGCACCGGUGAGGGUGUGCUGUUCAUCGAGGCCAACACUGACGCGCGUCUGGAGCACUUAGGUGACGCCUUGCAGCCGCCCUUCCCUGGACUGGAGGAGCUCAUCUUCGAUGUCCCUGGCUCGUCGGAAGUUAUUGGCACCCCACUUCUCCUCUUUCAGGUGACACGGCUAGCAUGCGGAGGAUUCAUCCUAGUAGUGGGGAUGAUGCACACGAUGGCGGACGCGCCAGGGAUGGUGCAGUUCCUGGCUGCCGUGGCUGAGCUGGCACGGGGCGCCACGGUGCCAUCGGUGCGGCCGGUGUGGGGGCGCGAGCUUCUGGAGGCACGGAACCCGCCGUGCCCUGCCUUCGUGCACCGGGCGUAUGACGAGGUGCCCGACACCAAGGGUACCAUCAUGCCGCUCAGCGACAUGGUGCAGCGCUCCUUCUUCUUCGGGCCCUGGGAAGUCGCCGCCAUCCGGUCUCAUCUCCCGCGGGGCCUCCUGGAGCAUGCCACCAUGUUUGAGGUCCUUACGGGUUGCGUGUGGAGGUGCUGCACCGCGGCUCUUGCCCCUGACGCCGACGAGGAGAUGCGGAUGAUCUGCAUCGUCAGCGCCCGUUGCGGCAGGGCCGCCAUCCCGAGCGGCUACUACAACCAUGCUUUCGCCUUGCCAGCCACCGUGUCGUCCGCCGGCGAUCUGUGCGCGAACCCCCUGAGCUACGCGGUGCAGCUGGUGAAAGAAGCCAAGGGAGUCGUGAACACGGAGUAUAUGCGGUCGGUAACAGAUCUGAUGGUGCAGCGCGGGCGGCCGCACUUCACCCUGGCGCGCACGUACCUGACGUCGGACGUGACCAAGGCAGGGUUCGGCGACCUGGACUUUGGGUGGGGCACGCCGGUGUACGGCGGGCCGGCCAAGGGCAGCCGAACUGGCUUGCUGCGAUGCGUGAGGAGUUCGACGCCUUGCAGCGCAACCCUCGACGUGUCCAAUGCUUUUCUGCAUGGCCACCUCGACGAGCAGGUGUUCUGUCAGCAGCCUACUGGUUUUGUCAACACCGACCAUCCGGACCACGUGUGCUUGCUCUCCCGUUCUCACAACGGGUUGAAGCAGGCACCUCGGGCCUGGUACCAGCGGAUCGCGGCCUUCCUUCAGCAGCAGGGGUUCUGGUUCACACAGUCUGAUGCCUCCCUGUUUAUUUAUCACCAGGGCACCGCCACAACGUACCUCCUCCUCUACAUCGAUGACAUCAUCCUAACUGCGUCCUCGCCACCGCUGUUUCAGCAGAUCACAGCUCGCCUCCGCUCAGAGUUCGCCCUCAAGGACUUGGGGGCUCUCCACUACUUCCUCGGCAUCGAGGUUGUUCGCCGGGCCACUGGCUUCUUCCUGCAUCAGCACAAGUAUGCCUAUGAGCUUCUGGAGAGAGCCGGCAUGCUUAACUGCAAGCCUGCUCCUACGCCUGUCGACACAAAGGCUAAGGUGUCUGCCGUUGAGCGAGUCCUGGACUAA